GCCAUGCUCUUCGACUUGAACUCCAUGCCAGUAGAUGAUGAAGAAGGUGGUGCAGAACCUGAGGAGGAGCCAGAUCCUCUACAUGGUGUUCACGAUGCAGACCCAGCUGAAGAACCGAACACCCACUGGAUCAAUCAAGCGCGUGACCUUCAAGUUAUUCUAGCAGCCACAGGAGCUGGUUCUUUUUCCGAUGAAGAUUCUCUGCUUCCAGAUGGAUCACAAGCGUCCUAUGAGGACAUAUACAGGGACUUGUUGAUGGCUGGUUACCCAAGAGAUGAAUGUUUUCGAGUGGUUUGCGGCUUAGAUAAGUACCGAAUGCGUACCGCAGUAACCCUCCACCAGCUUGCGAUUUUUCUCAGCAGAAGAACUGCUCUUGAUCUUGAAGAUGCUCAACGGAGAAACCCAUCACCAGAAGAUCCCCUUCCUGAUGUACCUCUUGCUCCUGUUGGUGGUCGCCGACCAAAGAAGAAAUAUAGGAAGAUGUUGACAAACAAGCAAAGGUGGCAAGUUUAUCAAGAGUUACUUAAAGACAGUAACUCUGGUGGUUUAAAGAAAAGAAGCACCGCUGAUGUAGCAAGAAAACUUGGACAUGGUUUAAGGCAAGUUCAAGAAGUAUGGAGAUUAGUAAAGGUCUGCAUAAGAGAAGGAAGAGAGGUGGAUGUUAGUCACAGGAAAACCAAAAAUUGUGGGCGCAAGAGAAUUGUAGCUCCGCUUGAGCAAGUACGCUCAAUUCCUAAAAGGAAAAGGCAAACAUUGCGUGCACUGUGUCAUGCGAUCCAUAUGAGCAAGACCACACUUUUCAUGAGGUUUAAGCAAGGUUACUUGAGGCGGCAUUCCAAUAGUUUGAAGCCAGUGCUGAAAGAUCGUAACAAGAAAGAAAGAUUGAGGUUUUGCACAAGCAUGAUUGAUCAGAACACUAUCCAUACUGGUCCGCAGUUUGUUGAUAUGGAGAAUAUUGUACAUCUUGAUGAAAAAUGGUUCAACAUGACUAAAAACAACGUUUCCUACCGUAAGAUGCAGACUAUAUGCGAACAAAAAACGGACCCAGGAUGUAGAAUAAAACAGAACGGAGGGAGUAGGUGGUAA